AUUCUCCCUCACUACGGAACGGAUGGACAAGUUGAGGAAAAAGUUUUAUUUUCAAGCAGAUGUUGCGGAGUGCAAAUCUAAAAGAGAAAGUUUUCGUCUAUUUUACUUUUGCCGGUGCGCGAUAAAAAGAAAUUCGUACAGGUGUUUUCGAUGUAGUUAUCAAAAAGACCAUUGGCGUUGAGGAAAUACGUGAUUUGUUUUCAAUUAGUUUAUUACUUUUCUAUUUUUGGACUUGCGGCUAUUAGACAAAAAUGAAAGUAGAACAUGGUUUAGUGUGAUAUUCUUUGAUCAUUUAUCACCUGCUUGCUAAAUCUUGAGUGGAAUUGUAAUUCGAAUUAGGAAAUGGCUCCUGUAGACGUUACUUUCAUCUUUGCCGAGGACGUCGUCGAAUGGGACUCCUACCUGUCUCGUCAAUUCGAAGGAAGUGGGGCUGUCAUACAGCAUGAACAGGUCGAGAAGAUGACCUUUCCCCUGGGAUGCACCAAGACGCCCGUCUUCAGCGACGCCCGUGUUGUCCUGGUCAUCUUGUCUCCAGCCCUGGUUGAAUUCCUUGACAAGCAUGCUGCCGACUGCUUUCAAUUUACUCGAUUAUUGAAACCUAGCAAAACAAUUGCCAUGAUUUGUGGUGCUACCCCAUCUGGCAUUGCUGGUAUUAAAAACGUGCUGGUGUCAUAUGAUGAGUGGCGCCACCUAGAAGCUAAAGAUAAAGAUAUAAACAUGGUGCGAAAUGUUGUUGAGAUGAUGCAUGAAACUUUGGCAAGAUCUAAAGAGUGCGAGCGAAUCAAUAAGCCAAAAUAUAAACUUAUACCAAGAAAAAUACAAGAGGGUAAUGGGAAAGUGUAUAUAUUGCUAACCAAGCCUUUGGAUAAUACUGCAAGAAUAAGAGUUGCCUUAGAAGCUAAUGGUGCCCGAGAAAUUCCAGUAAAACGAAGAAAUCCAUACACUUUAACCUUUGUCAUUCCAGAUGAUUUGAUACACAUUCAAAAUAUGGUAAAUGUACAUGUUUGGAAUGGAGAAGAUUUUAUGGGAGUAAGUUCUGUGAAAUGUGUUUCAAAAAUGGGAGAACUCUAUGGAUUACUUAGUUCAGUUACAUCUCCUUAUGAAUUUCUUCGAAGCACUCUUGGAGUUUCCGCUUUGUCAGAAGUGGACAAUCAGCUCACGGCUGCUUUCAGAAAGAAUCUACCAUUAGAAGGAUUUAGUCUAUUGAGACCUGAAAACAAACUUGAUAAAUAUAGCACAAAAGAAGAAUUUCCUUCAUUGCUUCAUUUUGCUGCUAGAUAUGGGCUUUAUUCAUUGACUCAUGAGCUGUUUAAAUGUCCUGGUUCUCACACUGCAGCCAAUAUGAAAAACUCAAAAGGCUUGACUCCUGCUCAAUUAGCAAAUAAUGAAGGGCACAUCAAAGUUGCUGCAGCAAUUGAUGAUUUUUUGAAAAUGAAUUAUUUGCAAGAGAAAGAAAACAUUGCAACUCCUACAACAUGUUUAACAUGUGUUCCAGAUACUGCUUUUAAAAAAGGCAAUCCUUUGGAUGAUUAUGAUAUCCCAGCUCAACCUGUUCCAGUAUUGCACCUCCCCACAAAUCGAAUGGUAGGACGAACAACGAAUGAUCGAGAAUGCGAUUACAUGCAAAUGAAAGCCUCUAUGAAAGAAAAUAUUGAGCCCUUACAAAAUAUUGGGUUAGGCCUAAAUGAAAAGCGAGACAAUGUGAUAACCAAUACAGCUUGUAAUGCUGAGAGAGCUAAACUAAGUCUCCUUGAAAGUCAAGCGAAAUUAAUUGAAAUAAUGGAAGCUUACAAAAAAGGAGCAUCAUUAACUGAUGUGGAAAAAAUGCACAAUGAAUGGAAAACACGGUAUCAAGUGUCAGAUAUGGAAGCAAAGAGCACAUUAGAUGGCUUAAGAAGUCUAUAUGCCAAAGCACAGAAAGCUAAAAUGCUCAAGAAACAUUCUACAAGUUUCUCUGAACUUCGACAGUUUUUAAAUUCUAAAUGGAGAAGGAAAGAUAGCGAUUCUAAAAGUAUGAGCAGAAGAAAUUCUAAAGAUUCAAAUUCUUCUGAAAAAGUAUCUCCUGAGUCUGAAACUGUUAGACCAGUAAGCACAUUGAGUGUACUGUCGAACACAAGCAGUUCAAGUGGUUCUUCAUUUGAUCGAUUAAGUACUGCAAGUGCUGGAUCAGACAGUGGUCAUCAUUCUGAUUUUGGUGAUGAUCGUAACAAUAGGUUUAGGGAGCGAUGUGAAUCACGCUAUCAACAUCAGCAGCGAAAAGCUUCUACUGAUUUAGCGAAUUCCCUAAACAAUCACAAGACUCUAACACUCAAUACAAAGCCCCCAGCUCCUCCCCCUAGACCUGUAAAAACAACACAUUAUGGGAGCUUAGAAAACUGUAAGCAGUCUGAAAUUCCACACUAUUCCACCACCAAGAAAUUAAUUGCUCCAUCAUUUGAAGAAGCUUUAAAAAUGUUAGAUUUUGUACCUCCUUCAUCUAAAAGUUCCUCUCUCAAAAGUGACUUCAGAUCAGGAAGAAAAACAUCACUUUCUAGUAUUGAUUUCAGCAGUUUUGAAGAUCCUUGUGAAAACUAUGAUCGACCACCACCACCUAGACCGAGCUGCAGCACUGCUGUCUCCCCAACAAAUGAUAUUUCCCUCAAACUCUCAUUUCCCAUUGGUCCAAAAACAGAUUACGACAUAGUUCCACCUCCACUUCCAAUUUCUCCUCCUCCAAUCAAACAAGAUAAUAAUUGUGAUGCUGAUCAGUCUUAUGACAUUCCGCCACCUUUUUUGCAAAGAUCCAACAGCAUUUCUUCCGAUUAUGACUUUCCAAAAGCUUCUAUUUUCAAUAAUACAGACAAUCAACCAGCCUGUACCUGUCACAUGGCUGCCAGAAUCAAUAAUUUAAGUUCUGUCAAAAGUUGUUGCGUUGGGAACAAGUUGUCUUCUCUGAAGCAAGUUGGAACUUUGCCAAGUGUUCCCAGCUUUGAUGUAAUUGAUAGGGAAAAGACUAAUAACAACAUUAAUAAAUCCCGACCAGUUCAACGCCAUCAGUAUUCAAAUGUAGUGUGCCUGAAACCCCCAAAAGAUUCCAUUAGUGAUCGAGAUAGCAUACCAGAAGAAAUGGCACCACCUCCACCUGUUAUUUUCGAUGAAGGACCGGAAGAACAUUAUAAGAUAGUUGGUGCACCAACCCCUGUCCCCAGUAUGUUCAAAGUAUCAUAAUUCUUUUAUUUUCUCUAAUGUGAAUUUGUUGAAACAUUUUUGCCAGAGCUUAAAUUUCCAAAUAGCAUUUAUUUUGUGAAAUGUGUACUGUUAUUAUAUAUUUAUUGCUUAUGGAGUCGUAAGAAAAUUGAGUUUGAUGAGCAAAAUCAUUUUUUUAAAAAUAUAUAUUAUUUUGUGAACUGUAUUAUUUCAUGUUUUGUUAAUGUUAUAUGAAAUUUGAGUUUGAAUGAUUAAUUAUCCUGCCUAAAAACUACUAAAAUUAAUCCUAAUUUUUAAAUAUAUAUAUAUAUAAUUGGUGACAAUUGCUAAAAUAGUCAUUUGUGAGCAGUUAGUAUCAAAAACUAUUCAGCAAAAUUUCAAGAAAAUUGUUGAAUGGAAUAGAGAAAUUAUGAGAAUAAGAAUUUUUAUUGAUAAAAUUUAAGUUUCAAAAACAACCACAAAGCAGUUUAUAUUUAGCCUUAUAAGAUCAUAUAUAAAUAACAAUCAAUAAUAUACAAAAUUUAACAAUCGCCUGUCUACAAAACAUGGUCAAUAUGAUGGACAGCUAGUACCUGUAACUGUCAAAUAACAUGCUCAAUAGUCUUUAAGUGGUGUCUACUUGGGUAAUUGGUAUGCUGUUAUAUCUUUAAGUUUUGAGACACGUCAUUGAAGUGUCACCACAGUAAUAAUUCAUAAGGUAUCAAGUCUAGGGUAUCUGGAAGUCUAAUCUUAGGGUAAUGUGAACCAGUAAUUGUUAUGGUAGCUUUUGUGUCUGAAAUUAAUUAUCAUCAAUCUACAAUUUUCUCAAAACUGCUAUAUUGCUUUUGAAAUAGCCUGCUCACUAAUGUCAAAUUAUGGGAAUCCUUUAUUUUAUAGACUGUUUGGUUAGAUUUAUUAAUUAAGCUCUAAGAAAAUUAAGUUUGAUAACAUAGUAUAGUGUGGCUUGGAGGAGAACUCCUUCAGACUAAAUGUCUGGGGCUGUCUACUGCUAUGGUAACAAGCAAGAUCACAUUUCUAAUGGGGGUGCAAACGAGGAAUGAAGGUGUUGAUUGGUUUACUCACGCUGAACUAUGCCAAGAUAAAGACAAAACUAUUCACCCCGCACCAUUAUUCAAAUUUACUUUUUCUCAUAACCAUGGUACCCGCCACGAUGUGAGACUGAUGUCUAGAGGAGUUCUCUUGAAAGCUUUACUAUAGCUACCACUUUUGAUUUUAUCAACAUAUUUGAUGGUUGAUUUCUCUAUUACUGAGUCAAAUUUUGUGAUUUCUGGGGAAUUUAAAAUGAUGAGCUUCUCUACUGACCUUUAUUUUAGUAUUAUUUACUUAUGUUUGCAAAUAGGAUGUCAAACUGUUUUUAGUUACCUAUCAUUAUUCAGGAUUUGCAUUAUAAAAAGCUAUUAUGUAUUACUUUCUUCAGAAUAUCUUCCUCUAAUGCUUCUGUUUAGUAAAUUUUUAUGAUUUGCUUUUUAUCAUAGUUUCAAACACUUAGUGUUAACUGUUGUUUGUAUAAUUUUUUGAAUUCCAGGCAAAAAGAAAAAAAUUAAAAAGAUGCACUUUGAAAGCUGCAAAAGAAUGAUAUAAAAAGAAAGAAAAACGAAGAUUAAAUUAGCUGUACAGGUUCUUUUUCUUAAAAUCUUACAUCAUUUUAGAAUUUGAAGUCUUUUUUUUCUUCUCAUUUGCAUUAGAACACAAAAUUUAAUAUUUGGUUAAAUAUUUGCUUCUAUUUAAAAAUUAAUUUAAAAAAUCUGAAUUUUUACUAUUAAAAUUAGUUUGUUGUCCUCAUUUUAUAGAGGAUUUUGAAUUAAUUUUUAGAAGCAAAGAUAAUAAAAUUUUUCAGGAAGAGUUUUUUUAAUUGCAACAAAUUUCCAAGGGAAAAUUUGUUGCUUUCGAAGUUUUACUUAAAGAAAGUAUUAGUGGAUCGUGUGUAUAUAAUCAAAUUUUCCAAGCAAACAUUGGCAGAAUGAAAAAAAAGCGAACAGUAUUUAUUGGAUACAUAAUUUUUUUUUAUUAUUUCACUAUAUUUGUUAUAAGAAUGAUAUGCAAUAUUUAUGUGUAAUGUGCAAUAUUGUAAUCAAAUCCAGAUAAAUAGUGUCACAGAAAGUUAUGUGUUGAAAAUUAGUAUCUUGUCCAAAUUUUAUUUAGUUUUGUACAAUGUGUGGCUCUUGCAAUAAACAUAUUUGAAGAAAUAA